AUGAUCGCCGGCAACAAGUGCACACUCCUCGCCUUCCUCGACCGCAUCGGCCUGUACGCCGAGGCCGAGGCCCUCAUCGCACGCGAGCCUAGCGCGGAGGACCUCUCCAAGCUGCUCCACGCCUUCCUGCUUACCGUGCCGUUCGAGAACCUCGGCCAGCACGCGCACCCCGCGCUCGGUGACAGCGUCGCGGCGGUGCCCGCCGCCAAGCACAUCCCGAGCCUCGACGUGCACAAGACGCUCAAGAAGGUCGUGUACGACCGCCGCGGCGGCUUCUGCUUCGAGCUCAACUUUGCGUUCGCAUGGCUGCUGCGGUCGCUCGGGUACAAGGUCCGCCUCUCCAUAUCGUACGUCAUCACUCCUGGCGGGCCGGUCCCGGGCCACCUCGCCCUCUUCGUCGAUGGGCUGGGCCCGCAGCCGCUGCACGUCGACCCCGGCUUUGGCGACGCGCCGAGAGAGCCGAUGGCCGCCGUGCUUGGCAGCACUGUGACCGACUCGAUGAUUGGCGAUGCCUACAGCUUCGCGCCCAACGACGACCCGUCGGCCUUUGGCCAGACGCCCGAAAUGGCGAAGCGCUGCGGCCAGGUGCUCAUGCGCAGCCGCAAGUCCGGCUUCGGCGGCAGCGUCAUGGUCGACUUUGUGGGGCUGCCCGAGACGCCGCCUCCGGCGCCCGAGAUGACGCCGCCUGAGCCUGUCUACCUCGUCAAUUUCGACGACGACCUCGCGCUUGACUGCGACGAGUUCAAGGCGGGCAUCGCGGGCGUGCUCGCCGACGUCGAGCAGAACCCCUUCUCGCAGAAGCGCAUGUGCAUCAUGAUGAGAGAGGAGGGCUUUGACUUUGUGGGCAAGGAUUACGUCAAGGAGAUGCGGCACGGCAAGGAGGUGAAGCGCGAGCCGCUCAAGGACGAGGCGGCGUACCGCGAGGCGCUCAAGCAGGUCGCCGGCAUCACGCUCUGA